CGCCGCAUGCAGCAGCCCCCGCCCUAGAGAGGUCAGCAUGGCACGUGGCGAGCGCCACCCUGGCAGUGCCCGUGGCUCGCCGGGCGCUGGGCGAGCGCGCUAGAGCUGGAGCCUGGGGUUCGCCCGUGCGCAGCGGCGUGGCACCCGGCUUCCUAAUGUGCAAGGGCUGGUGCAUCAGCCAUGGUGGGGACUGAGCCGCUGGACGGGCAGAACAGGGGAGCCACGCAGCAGUGAGGGCCGGGAAGGGUGCGAUAAGGGGGGUGUCUGCGCGCCCCGCCGGGCCCCCGAAAUACGAGCGAGCCCCGCCAACAAGACUUUGGAAAGUUGCCACCGAGGAUGGUGGGCAGCCUCCUCCCCGAAGGGCAAGAGCCAAGGGAGCGCUCCGGGGGUGCUGGUAAGGGAGGAUCUUUGCCUGGACCGCUCUGAAAUCUCCCCCCGGGGGUGCUAAAGCAGUUGGCUGCAGGCCUGCCUGGCUGGAAGGCCUUCGGGACAGCGCCGCGGGGUUUUCCCGUACCGGAUCCUAGCGGAGUUACCACUCCGGAUUCACAGCGGCUGGCGUCCCUGGUUUGCCUUCUUGACCCACAUUCCUAUUGCCAGAGUGCCGGAGGUCCUGAGGAGUGCCGAGGGGGAGAGAGUGGCGAGAGAAUGAAGAAGCCAACUGCGCGGGAGAAGCAUGAGGUGGCAGCAGUUUGAAGGGCUCCGGCUGAUGGUCCCAUGGGCAUUGGCGCUAUUGGUCCUGAGUCUGUGCUGCUGGGGGUUGGUAGCCGCCGCUGCUGCCAGCCCAGAGCCUGAUCAGCAUGCCGCCUCCUCCUCCCCGGACCAGGUGCCGCUGGACUGGCUGCUCACUGACCGGGGACCAUUUCACCGAGCUCAGGAAUACACUGACUUCGCUGAGCGCUACCGGCAGGGUUUCACCACCAGGUACAGGAUCUACAGAGAGUUUGCCCGCUGGAAGGUGAAUAACUUAGCCUUGGAAAGGAAAGAUUUCUUCAGCUUGCCGCUGCCUUUGGCCCCUGAAUUCAUCCGGAACAUCCGCCUCCUGGGACGAAGGCCCAGCCUGCAACAGAUUACAGAAAACCUGAUUAAAAAAUACGGCACACAUUUCCUGCUCUCUGCCACUCUGGGAGGAGAAGAGUCCCUGACCAUUUUCGUGGACAAGCGCAAGCUGAGCCGGAAGGCGGAAGCGGUCGGGACGAGAGGGGGUGGGAACAGCUCCACUGUCUCCCUGGAGACUCUGCACCAGCUGGCUGCCUCAUACUUCAUUGACCGGGAAAGCACGCUGCGCAGGCUCCACCACAUUCAAAUAGCCACAGCCGCCAUCAAGGUAACUGAAACCAGGACGGGCCCUCUAGGCUGCAGCAACUAUGAUAACUUGGAUUCGGUCAGCUCGGUUCUCGUCCAGAGCCCUGAGAACAAAGUACAGCUACUAGGGCUGCAGGUGCUGCUGCCCGACUACCUGCGGGAAUGCUUUGUGGCGGCCGCGCUCAGCUACAUCACCUGCAAUUCGGAGGGAGAGCUCAUCUGCCGGAAGAAUGACUGCUGGUGCCAAUGCGGGCCUGGCUUCCAGGAUUGCAAUUGCCCUGAAGCCGACAUCCAGGCAAUGGAAGACCAUCUGCUGCAGAUCCAGGAUGCCUGGGACAAUCACAAUAGACAGUUUGAGGAGUCAGGGGAGCUCCAGUCCCUGGUGAAGAGACUCCCAGAGGAUCGCUUCGUGAACAUGACGACAGUCUCCCAGUACUGGGCAAUGGACCUCGACGUGCAGCAUCGCUACCAGCAGCUGGGCACCAACCUGAAGCUGCUGCUCAAGAAAACCCAUCGAAUCAUCCGGCGUCUCUUCAACCUCUGCAAACGCUGCCACAGGCAGCCUCGCUUCAGACUGCCAAAGGAGAGAUCUUUACCCUACUGGUGGAACCGCAUUCAGUCCUUCCUGUACUGCAGUGAGACCACCCCACCGGGGACUUUCCUGGAAGACAGCCACAGCUGCACCUGCCCCUCUGACCUAGUCUCCUGCCAGGGGUCCAUACCAUGUGCCUUGGGCGACGGGCCAGACUGCGCUGCCUGCGCUGAGGAGAACAGCACCCGCUGUGGGACCUGCAACCCAGGCUACGUGCUCAGCCAGGGCUUGUGCCGUCCGGAGGUGGCGGAGUCCCUGGAGCACUAUCUUGGCCUGGAGACAGACCUGCAGGACUUGGAGCUCAAGUACCUCCUCCAGAAACGGGACAGCCGCAUUGAGGUGCACUCCAUCUUCAUCAGCAAUGACAUGCGACUGGGGAGCUGGUUCGAUCCCUCCUGGAGGAAACGCAUGCUGCUGACCCUCAAGAGCAACAAGUACAAGCCAGGGUUGGUCCACAUCAUGCUGGCCCUCUCCCUCCAGAUAUGCCUCACCAAGAACAGCACCCUGGAGCCAGUCAUGGCCAUCUACGUCAACCCGUUCGGGGGCAGCCACUCAGAGAGCUGGUUCAUGCCUGUGAAGGAGCGGGGCUUCCCGGACUGGGAAAGGACUAGCGUGGAUGCCUCAGCCCUGUGCCAAAAUUGGACGCUCACCUUAGGAAACAAGUGGAAGACCUUCUUUGAGACAGUCCAUGUGUAUCUGAGGAGCCGGAUCAAGUCUCUGGAUGAUAGCUCCAAUGAGACUGUCUAUUAUGAGCCCCUAGAGAUGGUGGAUCCAUCUAAGAACUUGGGAUACAUGAAAAUCAAUAGCUUGCAAGUCUUUGGCUUCAGCAUGCCAUUUGACCCGGACGCCAUCCGGGACCUGAUCCUUCAGCUAGAUUACCCAUACACCCAGGGCUCCCAGGACUCGGCCCUCUUACAGCUCAUAGAGAUCAGGGAUCGGGUGAACCGGCUUUCACCGCCCGGCAAAACCCGGCUUGAUCUUUUCUCUUGCUUGCUCCGGCACCGGCUUAAGCUGGCCAACAACGAAGUGGGAAGGAUCCAAUCCUCCAUGCAGGCCUUCAGUGCUAGACUGCCAAGCCCCAUGGAGUAUGAGACUGGCAAAUUGUGCAGCUAGCCUUGGGGCACCUGGAAUCUCGGAGGAGGGGCCCAAGAAAAGGGAGGGGGAUGGAGAACCGAGACUUCCGAAGGCUUUACCUUAGUGCCAACCGUGUACUUCCACGGGACAUCACGUGACCAGCCACGGGGAUGGCAGAGUGUGAAGAAUGCAAGGAGAUGCCCAGGCCAUGGCAAGAGACUGCAAGGCAGCAGAUGCAAAUUGGUCAGAAAGGGGAGCCAGGCCUAGGGAGAUAGGCUGCUCACCUUGUAAUGGCUUGUAUUUCUCCCCCUUCCCAGUCACAAAUGACACUUGUGACCAGGCAGAAAAAUCAACAGGUUAUUUCACCUGGGAACAGGCCCAUGUGGGGGAGGAAGCUGGUGGGAGGAGUCUGCCCUAGAGAAGAGACAUCAGGUAGUACCUCUGCCUGUGACCUUGCCUUCUGGCCUGUGAGCCCAGCCAGUGCUUCACACAGAGCUGGAAGGCGAAGGGACAGGUGGCAAGACCUCAGACCCCCAGCAGGCCAGAACUGCUGAGAGCGCUUCACUCCCACCCACCUCGUGGGAAGAGGCCGGCUGCAGCCUUCCUCAGUGCAGGCACUUUUGUAUUCUUUUUAACAGACGUUUCUACCCACAUCCCAGCUUUUCCAUUCUCCGUGUCAAUUUCUAAGUCAACAUAUUCCCUGCCUCUUCCUCCCACCCCAACCUGCUCUCUAGCACCAUUCCCUUGAUGGCAGGGGAGAAGCUGGCCGAUUCCAGCUGGGGGGGGGGAGGAUCUGUGGGACAGGCAGCCCUGCCUGAUCUCCCCUAUUCCCACAUGGAAGCGAGGAGCACUCCGCCCUCCUUCUGCAUCACGGCACCAUCAAUGCACCUUGGUACAUUGAGCCAAGACGUUCCAUCGUCGACAUGAGCAGCGACUGGGCACCUGGAUGGACACACCUGUCAUUACAGUCAGAGGCGGAGCUUUGUGGCUAGCUUCUCCUUUCAGGUUUUUAUUUAUUUAAUCAAUUGUUGUUGUUUUUUUUAAACGUACUUAUCUGGGGGGAGAGGAUUCAAUUCUUGUCGAUUUCUCCAGCCGAGAUCCACCUUAGUCAAAUGUAUCUGGUUUAAUAUAUUUUUAAAAAGAUUGCCUUUUUGAGCAAAACAAAACAAAGUUGAAAACAA